UUCAAUAAUUCCUGUGCCUCUGCUCCAGAUGCUCCAGAUAAGUGUGAGAGAAAGACACAGAGAGACACACACACAGGGAGAGGAGAGACGGACUGAAGCAACGUGCUGGACUUGGACGAGUUCCCAUCAACACUUCAGUAGCAGACAGCUGGGAAAAUAAGAACCUUCCUUGGAGGUUGCCAACUCUGACUAGAGAGAAGUCAUUCCAUGACCCUGAACUACUACAGCGAUGGAAAAGAAAAGUGCAAAUGGCUACCCUAGAGCUGGGGCAGAGAGUGGAGAUGGGAGUCAGAGGAAGCAGCUGCCCUACUCCGUAGAGACCCCCUACGGCUUCCACCUGGACCUUGAUUUCCUCAAGUAUGUGGACGAUAUCGAGAAAGGCAACACCAUCAAGAGGGUGCACAUCCAGCGCAAGGCCAGGUGCCCUCCUAAGUUCAGCACCCUUCCCAGGAACUUCAGCCUGCUUGGGCAUGGAGCCUGGCCAGCCCCUAAGGACACCUGGUCCUCCACCUCCACCCUAGGGCCCAAGCCCCGGGGCAGAGUCACCGAGGUCCAGCAGAUCUUGGAUUUUAGACACAGUGAUGGAGGUAGUGGCACAUCGGAGGGUCAUAGCCAGAACAGCAGGGUGCAGGGGGGUAGCUUAGCCUCUGCCAGGCCCAGUGAGGAGGCAGGUGCUGGGGCUCGGGUGUUAGGCGAACAGCUCCUGUGGCGGCCCAACCUCCUCCGGACGUCCAGCAUGCCAGUCACCAUCCCGCACAGGAAGGACUCUGAGUCUGGGGACGAAAGAACGGAGAACGGCUCAUCUGAGAACGUGGUCUGCGCUGUGCCCCAGGACCGAUUGGGGCUGCACCAGCAGAUCACCGCAGCCCUGAAGAGGGUCAGAGAGCUGGAGGACAUGGUGAGGACCAUCCCAGAGCUCAAGUCCCAGAUCUGCUCACUGAGGGUGGAGAGAGAGCAGCUAAUCCUCAGGCUGCAGGACCAAACCAAACCCCAGCCUCCACACCCCCCACAAAGUGCCUCGCCCUCCCCAGCCCCAAGCACUGAUCCUGGGCCAGCCUCUCAGCUGCCGGGUGCUGGAGCAGCAGUGGAUCCCGGGAGAGCAGAGAGCACCGCGUCAGAGACAGAAAUGCAACAGGAAUCCUUAAAGAGUACCGCACAAGAAGGAGAACCAGAUAGGCUUUUAGCAGCACAGGAACCAGAGAGACAGGCACAGACAUCAGAGGGACCAGAUAGACAAACAGCAUUUGUGAAUCCAUUAGCGCACACAGCGGAAAGGCAAACAGAGCAAUCAGAGAACGUUACAAUACUGAAAGCACCAGAACCUUUAGACAGUAGAGUGUUUGUGCAAGUCAUAGAGGGAGUCAGUGUCAGUGGUGAGGGGGACCUUCAUAGUAUCAAACAGCUCCAGGCUAAGCUAGUAGCGCUAGAGGCUAAGCUAAGUCAGGCUAGCGAAGACCUGGAUAGAACGAACAGUCUCCUGAGACAACAGGUAGAGGAGAAUAGGAUGAAGGAGGAGAGGAUACUACAGCUGAGCGAAGGAGGAAUAGGAGGAGCGGAGGAGGUGUCCGGGGAGAGACAGACAAGUAGGAGGACCAGUGUGGACCAGCAGACCGAGACAGAGCGAGUGGGAAGUGUAAGUCAGGAGACAGAGACAGAGAGGGCUGAUAUGGGGGAGCAGGGCACAGAUACAGAGAGGAUAGUCAUCUGUUUAACCAGAAAGACGGCUGAUAUUGUGGACCAGGGGACGGAGACGGAGCAGUUUGACACUCAAGACCAGGUGACAGAGACAGAGAUGGUAGUUGUAUGUCCAGUCAGACCACGUGCUAACAGUGUGGAUCAGGGAACAGAGACAGAGAGAGUGGAUACGGUGGACCAGGUGACAGAGACACCGCCUGGAGACAGUUUAGACCAGGUGACGCAGACAGUAGUCAGUGUAGAUCAGACGACAGAGACAGCACCUGAACGUGCAGUGAGACCAGCGAGACAUAGGGCUAACAGUGUGGACCAGGGGACAGAGACACAGACAGUGGAUACUGUGAACAAGGUGACAGUGACAGAGACACAGACAGGAGUCAGUGUAGAACAGGUGACAGAGACACAAACACAGACAGCACCUGUAAGUCCAGUGAGACCAGCAAGACAUAGGGCUAAAAGUGUGGACAGGAGAACAGAGACAGAAAGAGUGGGUACAGUUGACCAGGUGACAGAGACAGUGGUGGCACAGAGUGCAUAUCAGCAGACAGAGACAGAGAGAGACAGAGUUGAGACUAGCAAUAACCCACAUACAGAAAUAGAGAUUGAGAGUGCAGCCAUAGUAAGUGCAGCCAUAGAAAGUGCAGUCACAGAAAUUGAGGAAGCAGAACGUGUAGUCUCAUGCAGUGUGGUUAAAGAUGGUGAUAUCACUGAGAGUGCAGUAAGUUUUGUGGUUGUAGAAAGUGUGGGCACAGAGAAUGUGGCCACAGAGAAUGUGGUCACAGAGAAUGUAGUCACAGAAAGUAUGGUAACAAAGAGACAAGUAGUGGUAGUAGAGGAGACUGUAGUUGAACAAAUUACAGUGACUGAAAGUGUGGUUACGCAGAGUACGACCACAGAGAGUACAGUCAUAGAGAGUGCGGUCACAGAGAAUUUGGAAACCGAGAGCGAGGUUGUAAAGACCACAGUUACAGAGAGUAUGGUCACAGAAAGUGCGGUCAUAGAAUCUCCAGCCCCAGAGAGCACAGCAGUAGCACCCACUCCCUCUUCCAGCCAGACCCAGAUGGGUCAGAAGGAGUCUGAGCAGGCCCAGCCCCAGUCACAGAACCCUAGUUGCGGGUCCAACCCAGUGAAGGCCCAGGCUCAGGCCCCUCGCCAGGGGUCCAACCCAGCCCUGGGCCAGGUGGUGACGCGCCUCACAGGGCUGAUCAAUGAGCAGUGGGCCCAGCUGGGUGGCAGCCAGGACAAGCCAGACAAGCAGGAGACCCCCAGCCCGAGUGCCCAGAAGCCUGCAGAGGGGCAGGGUAUGCCCGCCACGGGGAAGCCUUCAGCGGGGAAGGCAGCGGGGAAGUCAGGGCUGUCUAAGAUUAGCUCCAUCCAGAGCCAGCUGGUCAGCUCCCUCAGUGCCCUGUCUGCCUUCUACUCCCCUGGACAGAAGGCAGCCGCCAGCAAACAACAAG